CAUCAUACCAACUUUUCUUAUUUCUCCUCACUCUUCAGUUAGAGUACACAAUAUUGUUACCGGUCACCUGUGGUUUCAAGGGACAAUCGACACGACGCCGUAUAGCGGGUUUCGAUAAACCCUAACAAAACCUACUCUGGAAUCGAUCAACAACAAAAAUAGCACCCGCACCAGCUGUGGCACGACCCCAGAUCAACGGAGAUGAAUCACGGUCGGCUGAUUUCUGGUGGAGGAUGGCUACUCCGGCGACUUUGCACGGCGGCUGAUAGGCCAUCAAAAAGUCCAAACCUCUAUCGAAUGUUAUCGGCGUUGGGCAGGACUGGAGGAAGCCUGUCGGAAACUUUGGACAACCAUGUAAUGCAAGGCAAAGCCAUAAAAAAAGGAGAACUCGAAAGAUGUGUCGAAGAGUUCCGAAGGUAUCACAGAUUUCAGCAUGCACUCGAGAUAAUUGAAUGGAUGGAGACGAGGAAAAUUAACCCUUCCUGGAAUAAUUAUGCAGUGCAAUUAGAUCUUGUGUCCAAGACCAAAGGGGUGGUUGCGGCUGAAGAGUUUUUCAAUGGUCUUCCUCCUCCAGCCAAGAACAAGUAUACGUAUGGUGCUCUCUUGAACUGUUACUGCAAGGAACUAAUGAAAGACAAGGCAUUGACCAAAGCGUCUCCUAAAACUGAUCCAAGAUUGAAGGAAGAUGAUUCUCAAAACUAUCGUGCGCAGGAGAACUAG